GGUGGAUCACACUCACGCUCACACAUACAUAGCCUACACAAGCCUUCAUUCAGCACUGCCUUCCUAAGAAGAUUAGGUAUUUUGCGCUGAAGAUUGUCUCCAGCACUUUUUUGCCCUGAUCAUGUUGAGGAUGCUAAAGCGCGUGCAGCUUGUGUUACUCCUGUGGUUCUGUCAUUUCAUUCAAGAGCAAAAAGUGCAAGCUGGGAACUGCUGGCUCCAGCAGGGGAAGAACGGCCGCUGCCAGGUGCUCUAUAUGCCAGGCAUGAGCCGUGAGGAGUGCUGCAGGAGCGGGAGACUGGGAACCUACUGGACCGAGGAGGACGUUCCCAACAGUACCCUGUUUCGCUGGACCAUCUUUAAUGGAGGAGCGCCCAACUGCAUGCCAUGCAAAGAGACAUGUGAGAACGUGGACUGUGGACCUGGGAAGAAGUGUAAGAUGAACAGGAGGAGUAAGCCACGCUGCGUCUGCGCCCCUGACUGUUCCAACAUCACCUGGAAGGGACCGGUGUGCGGAUCCGAUGGAAAAACCUACCGUGAUGAAUGUGCACUCCUGAAAUCGAAAUGUAAAGGACAUCCCGAUCUGGAGGUGCAGUACCAGGGCAAAUGCAAAAAGACAUGCCGUGAUGUGCUUUGCCCUGGCAGUUCGACGUGCGUCGUGGAUCAGACUAACAACGCCUACUGCGUCACGUGCAACCGCGUGUGUCCCGAGGUGACGUCACCCGAUCAGUACCUGUGCGGCAAUGAUGGCAUCGUUUACGCCAGUGCCUGCCACUUACGGAGAGCCACGUGCCUGCAGGGCAAAUCUAUCGGCGUGGCCUAUGAGGGCAAAUGCAUCAAGGCAAAAUCGUGCGAUGAUAUCCAGUGCAGCGGAGGGAAGAAGUGUCUGUGGGAUGAGCGACUGGGACGCGGCCGGUGCGCAAUCUGCAUUGACGAGACGUGUCCCGAGAGUCGCGCGGACGAGGCGGUGUGCGCGAGCGACAACACCUCGUACCCGAGCACGUGCGCUAUGAAGCAAGCUGCAUGCUCCAUGGGCGUACUGCUGGAGGUUAAGCAUACAGGAUCAUGCAACUGAAUCUGCGAAAUUAGAGCUGAGCCAAUGAUGCCCCCCUCCACACACACCCCACCCCCACACAAAUGAUCAGAACUCUCUUGUACUCUCUGUCCAUGAUUACGUAAAGCUUGUUGUGUAAUUAAGUGUGAGGGCAGAAUUGCCUUGUUGCCUAAACACGCACACACAUACAAAUACACACUAUACACACACACACACACACACACACACACACACACACACACACACACACACACACACACACACACACAAAUAAUAGCUGGCAAUCACAGAAGGAAUACAAGCAUUCACUUAGAUUCUGCGCUGUUGUGGUCUUUAUUCAUACAACAGCUACCGUAUAUUCUCCCAUAUAGCCAUUACGGAAGACCAGGAGGAGGACAACGACGAGGAGGAUGAUGAGGAUGAGGAUGAAGACCAGGACUACAUGGCUUCUGUCCAUUUAUCACCAAUACUGGACGGAUAAACAGCCAUCAGCCAGGGGAAAAGUCCUGUGGCAAGGAAAACCAUGUCCACACUGUACAAAUGUGUAUGCUAAUUUAUUUUUCGACGAAAAAAAGGAAGUAUACAUAUAGUUCAGUCUGAUAGAUGUUUAUUUAUGCAGUGUUUCAUAAUUUAUACUUUUUCGAUGUCUGACGUACUAUCUUGAUCAUGUUAUUUUUGUGUUCACUUGGUUUUAUUAUUAUUAUUAUUAUUAUUAUUAUUAUUAUUAUUAUUAUGAACUAUAUUUGUCCAAAGAGAAGCAGUGUUAUUUAUUGUGAAUGCUAUAGAGUGUAAAGUGUGCAAGUCUUCUUCAAGUUGUAAAUUGCAUUCCCCUUGCUGUAAAAAUCCGCUUAUCGCUAUCCGUUCUACUAUCAUAGAUGUUUAUUUCACACUUAUCUGCAUGUCAGCCUGUGUGUUUAUUUAUUGGGAAGAAAAAAAACUGUCACUCUUUAAUGUAAAUGACAUGUUCCUGGUUUUGUUUACUCUUCAAAUUGACCAAAUGGAUUUUCCUCAACAUUUCGCUCUACAGUGCAACGUGGUAACAUUUCAUUCACGAACCAGUUCUCAAGAUAAAAAAAAAAAAAAAAUUGCCUUUUAUGAUUUUUUUUCCUCCAGAUUUUGGUGUUUUGUCUUAGUUGUAUGUAUUCAGCUAUUCAACAUUGUCUGAUAUUUUAUUGUAAAGAAAAAAAAGUGCCACUAACACGUUUCUGAUGUAUGAUCAUGGCCAACGCUCUGCUCUAUAAGACCUCCGUCUGACUGAGCUGAUGUGAUGUAGGACUGAGUAUCAACAUACUGAACAGUAUCGGUUCUUAUUGUUUGUCAUUUUUAAAGUACAUUUUUAUUUUCUGACAUCACAAAAUAGUUAUAAAUAUAUAGUUUUGUAUUUUUUUAAUGUAAAUGUCAUAUGUAUAUACAAAGUUUGAUGGUAUUUGUACAGAUGUGAAGAGUGAAACAAUAAAAAAAUAAAAUGAAUGUGAUUUUA